AUGUCUUCUAUCGCCUCUUCCGCUUCCAUAAAGUCUGGGGCCUUCUCUACCAGAUCUCGACGCCCCCCAUCUCCCCCAAGCAUGUACCAGUGCGAUUUCAUGCAACCAAAAGCACCCAAACCAUUGCCCAAGAUCGAGAAAAAGGUGAAGACACCGAAGGUGAAACCGGAGCCUAUCGUGAAGGCAAAGAAGGCCGAUUCGCCUGCAAGGGGAUUCGCAACGAUCUGGGGCGUCAAGGGAAAGCGAAAGGUUGCUAAGGACGUGGCACCAGUAUUAUCUACGCCCCCGACGUUCUCAACGACGUCUCUACCGGUACUUCCCCCUGUACAACCUUCAUCAUCCCUUUCACCUACCUCGCAUGGUUUGGCGGAGAAGCCGCUCCCAGUUCCGACUGAUAUUGCCUCCCCUCCAAGACCCAAGCCUUCGACCCCAUCAUUAGGUGUAUCUCCACAGCCAAAAAUCAUCCCAUCUGUUGCCUCAUCUCCACCCAGCGUACCACAGAAACCCAUCGUGUUGACUCCUCCUUCACCGGAUUUCCGCGUCCUUUCUGAUUCCGACAUCUGUGCGAGACGCAUCGACAAGCUGACUCGCACCCUCGGUGAACAACCCCCACUUGACCUGGUCUUCCCCCCAUUCAAGCGCACGUACUCAGCCAACAACCAAUUCCCACCUCCCCCCGAACACAUGGAACCGUUAUUCGUUGGGCCCUUGUCCAGCUCCCAGGUGCCAAGUAACAAACCGAAGGAUACAGACAAGUUACGUAUAAAGACCGAUCUUCUCCGGAAAAACAGCCUCUCGGUGUUGAGUUUACCCUCUACUGCAAUGAACAAGAAGGUCCGACGUCCUUCCACGGCAACCCCACCCUCUCCUUCUUCUCCGUCUUCAUUCGCUCCUUCGUCAGCUAGACCCUCGACGGCCAACCCUUACUCACCUUCGUACUCUCCCACGUCUACAUUCUUCAGCGCGCGGCGACCUUCUACGGCAUCCGCUUCCUCUUCGACAUUUUCCCGAGAUCCCUACACGCCUCAUUCUCCUACCCAUCUUUCUCGCGAUCGCGUCCCAUUUGCGUCUCACGAAUCAUUGUCCUCCGCAACAACCGCCAGUUCCAGUUCGUGCUACAGCGUCGAUACUUUGAACUCCAGUAGCCACUCUGGCACGAUGGUGGGCGUCCACACUGGCGAUGACGACCACCACAUCCAAGGACACCCGCAACCCUCACCUCCACUUCCUUCAUACAUGACCGUUAUCGUACCUGAGAAGACCCCAAGGCCGCCCCCUUUGCAAACUCUGUUCUUGCGCGACGAGCCAAAGUCGGCGCAGGAGGCCGAGCUCGCCGAGUACGAAGUCGGAUUCGCGGAAUAUAGACCGUCGCCGUCCCCCGUCGAAGAGGAUGCUCCGAAACUCCGUACCUUCACCCGGGCGCCAGCUCCCACUGCGACCGCUCGCCCGUCGCGGAGACAACCUGUGGUGAAAGCAUAUGUCCCCUCUUCUCGGUCACGCCCUUCCACUGCCCCUGCUUCUCCUCUGCGUAGCAUCCGCCCUUCGGACAUGCGACCUUCGACGCCGUUCAUUGAUGCCUUAGUCCCCAUGGACGAAGAGGCCGAGACGCAGGCGCCACCUGUGAAAUUGAUACGCCCCUCAUCUCGGAGGGAGCGAAGGCAAGGCUGGAGCGGUGAAUGGAACAGAGACGACAUGCAAGAUGUCAUCAAGAAGCUCAGAAACUUAAAAUGA